AAAGCAAUCGAAAAUUUAAGUGGAAUUCCGUGCUUGAUUAGCUCUUUUCCUGUGUUCCGUGUGUUCGUUUCGUGCUUCCCUCACCAAAUCCCACUGGAAAAGUAUUUUGUGGUCCUGGUAAAAUGGGCAACGCGGGCAGUAAUCUUCCUCGGGAGCGUCAUAAAUCCGGAUCGAACGAUCCUAUUCCGGGAUCGCCCAUGAAAGAUGAUCAGGCGUUCGUGUUCGAUCGGAAACCGCAACCCCACGCCCAGGGCUACCCCUUUGUGCGCAACGAGGAAGAAAUGGACCCGUUCUCAUACUCCAAGUCCGUGCCUGAUCCAGAGUUUGCCCGUGAACCACGACAAAGGGCCAACACCAUGUCCGAAGGAUCCACACCAGCAGAUCUGCCUGCCGAUGGCCAGGAGCAGGACGGACAGAAAGAAACACUACCCACCGUCUUCAAGUGGGAUGGUGGUGGUAAACAGGUGUACAUCAGUGGAACGUUCUCGGAUUGGAAGGCGCUACCCAUGGUCAAAUCGCACGGUGAUUUUGUCACGAUCAUCAACAUACCUGAGGGUGAUCAUGAGUACAAGUUCCUCGUCGAUGGAGAAUGGAAGCACGAUCCAAAGCUGAAAAACGUUGAAAAUAAUACCGGGAUCAAGAACAACCUGGUGACCGUGCGUCAGUCCGAUUUCGAAGUAUUCCAAGCGCUGGCCAAAGACAGCGAAGAUACGGGCAAGGAUGAGUCCAAGGAGUGGGGCCAAGAUAUUCCUACCAGCAGACCGUGGGGCAAGGAAUCGGGCCCACCCGUCCUUCCUCCCCACUUGCUGCAGGUCAUUCUCAACAAGGACACUCCACUAUCGUGCGAGCCAACGCUACUUCCGGAACCGAAUCACGUUAUGCUGAAUCAUCUGUAUGCACUUUCGAUCAAGGACGGUGUGAUGGUGUUGAGCGCAACGCACCGUUAUCGAAAGAAAUACGUCACCACACUACUAUACAAGCCAAUCUAAGAGAAAUGAAGAAGCCUUUGGACCAUGUUAAACGCACUUACGCGACCGUUCUAGAUAGGGGAACUUAAA